AUGUCUUGGUCCAUUAGUGAGGGAUUUUUGGAUACGCCCUCAGAGCUGCAGUCAAUUUCCCCUUCCUCCAAUUCUAGGGUUGGGAUUUCUCUUGGUAGUGGUUUUGGAUCUGGUUUGCACUUUGAAUUUAUUUCUUUUGAAUCCGUGUUGGUAGAUUUUAUCUCCCCCAAUUUUUCCCUAACAGAUUUGCUUCUGGUCGGGCUCAGGGUGGCAUUUACCAUCAUGAUCGCCAAACUAUUCUUCUGCUUGCCUGUGCGGUGCAACCUCUUUCUCAAAACCCUAACUCAUUUCCGCUUUAAUUUCUCAACUCUUUCAGUGGGUAACGCUAGCAACAGCAAUGCUCCUUCACAAAAUCUCUUCCUGCACUUCGUUACCACCAGAUUUAACAUCUCUUCAGCCGACGCUGCAAAAAUGUUGAAAACGAGGCCCUCGUUGGAGCGGCUCAAAACCCUGUACAAGGUUGAACAGUUCGUGAACAUGCUCAACAGUCACGGCUUCACGGAAGAACAAAUUGCAAAGAUAAUCAGAUUGCAACCCUCGCUAAUGACGACAAGUGCGGAAAGAUUGCUGGAGCCUAAGAUUCAAUUCCUAAUAGAUUUGGGCGUGGAUAGGGAAAAUGUAACCAAAAUUGUCACCAGUUUCCCGAGGAUCUUGACCGCUAAGCUGGAGAUCCUCCGCUUCAACCUUGAAUUUCUCAAGACUGUAUUCCCGACACAGGGUUUUCUGAUCAGAGCAGUUAUGAGACGCCCCAAUAUUCUUAGACUGAACUUGCAGGAGGACUUGAAACCCUCGGUUGCCUUUUGGGAGGGCUUUGGUUUCCGUGGAACAGAGCUCACCAAGUUUGUGUCGUUAGACCCUUGGAUUUUGACGAUUGGUUCUCUGACGCCCGAGUGCCUUGAUCUCAUUUGCAAGAUUGGCAUUCAAAAGGAAAGCAAAAUGUACAAAUACAUUGUGAGAAUAGUAGCCACGUGCCGCAUCGAAGUGUUAAAGGCCAAGAUACACAACCUUCAUCUUUGCGGCCUCUCGCCUGAAGAAGCCUGGGAAUUAGUUAGGGUUGAUCCUUCAGUCCUCAGCAAGUCGGAGGAAAACAUUAAGAAAAAGAUGGACUUUAUGCUCAAUAACAUGGGACUCUCUGUAGAUUUUGUGACAAAGCAUCCACGGAUGUUUACAAUGAGUUUGGACAAGGUAAUGAGGCCCAGGUUUUUGGUUUUGCAAAGUAUGACAGCAAUGAAUGGAGCGGAGGAGGUUAAGCCGACGCGAAUUUUUUCUGUGCUGUUGAUGACCGAGGCCAAGUUUGUUGCCCAGAUAAUACAAGGACAUCCUGAAUCAGCUGCCCUGCGGACUGUUUAUAAAAAUGCCAUUGUUGAUAUCUCAAAAAAGUUCAAAGAUGUCUCAAAAAGCUAAUGGGCAUGUGAAAUGGUGGCGAUCCUGACCCUGUUUUCCCUCGGACCACCAAUUUCAGAGAACAGAGGAAUGCACUAACUACUGCCCCAGAUUUGGAAUUGCUUUUCAAUCAAGGUAUGGUUAUAAAUUGAUUUCUGCAAUGACCAUAUGAUUACUUUCAUUGUGUUAAGUUUUAUUGGAGCUUUCAACAAAUUGAAGUAUAUACAGAUUGAUUUUUUUGGUUCGGGUCAUCAUAUUAGAUGGACACAAAUGUUUUGUUUAGGCUAUUUCACUUUCUAUGACAUUUUUCAUAUGAAUGAUUAUUUCAAUUGCUGCAUUUUAUUUGUUAUCGAUCAAAACAGAAAAAUUGGUGCACAUUGCAGCACCAUUGCUGUUGAUUCUUAUUUUACAUUUUGGUAUUUUAUUAUGAUUUAUUUGAUCUUUUA